AUGUCAAUUAAAUCAAACCGUGAUGUGAUUGUGCGUUUGUUCCAAGAAGGAAUAAAACAAUCUGAUAUUGCUCGCUCGCUGAAUUUGUCAAGGCAACUCGUUUCCAAAGCCAUCAAACGUUAUAAGGAGUCGGGAAGCAAUAAUGACCGCCCAGGAAGAGGCCGAAAGAGGUCUGCAAACACCGCCGCCAAUCGAAGAAAGAUCAAGGGCAGAAUUCAAAGGAAUCCAAGACUCUCAGCUAGGAAAAUUGCUAAGGCCGUCGGAAUAUCCAAGUCAUCAACCCAUCGCGUGCUCAAAAAUGGUCUCCAGCUGAAGGCCUAUAAGUUUCAAGAAGCCCACCUUCUCGAUGAUGACAAGAAGGCCUCUUCCUGGGCGUGCCGGGAGUUUGGGCAUUACGUUUCACAAUGUCCCCAGUUGGAGAACUCCAUGGACACAGGAACAGGGAUCUGUUUUCGCUGUGGAAGCACUGAGCACUCAUCAAAGAGCUGCAGGGCCAGACUCCCUCCUGGAUCAGCAGUUGACUGGAGUUCUAAGAAGAAGCGUGCUCUCUGCCGAGAUGAUGGGGAGACUGUUAUCUCUGUGGUAAUUUAUCAGGGUCCACAAGGAGAAGAUGCUUCCUUUGUCCUCCCUGCAUCCCCGUUAACACGUAUUGACCCCCACUCCCCUGUGACUCUCUAA